AUGGAUAUCAAUCUCACUAUCCCAUUCCAAUUUCCCCUCAUUGGGCACAACCCAUGGGACUCAGACUUCCUGGAAGAGCGUCACGAUUUCUGGGACUCUCCAACAACGUUUCGAUGGUUCGAGGCGCGCGGGUACACCCUGUACAGGAGGAUGUGCCUCGGAGAACACGACAUAAUGAACCCAUUCACCGUCCCCCGAUUGCCAACCGAAGACUCUGUGGACGCGGAAUAUCCCUAUCCGUAUCACGACAACUAUACAUCGAACCAAGAUUAUAUAUAUUCGGCGCUGGAUACAUCAGGAAAGGUGGUGUUCGCUCAGGACGUUCACGGUCGCCACGUGGCUAUUAAGCUCGUACCAAACAACACAGACGAGCUCCGGAUACUUCAGCUUCUUAGCCAACAGAGUCUGAAGGUGCUGGAAGCGAAUUGCUUGAUCCCGGUGCUGGAAUUCCUCCCUAUCAAAGGGUUCUGCUUCGUCGUCAUGCCAAGAUGGGGCGCAAGCCCUGCUGUCCCAAGCCCUGGCACUCUGCGAGAGGUAGUCCAGAUCAUGCGCUCAAUGCUGAAGGCAUUAUCGUUCCUUCAUGAACACAACAUCAUUCAUCGUGACAUUUCGAUGCGGAAUCUUUUGGUCAACCACUUCGCCAGUGAAUACAACGUCCACGGCAACCCUAGCAGAGCAAAACUCCGGAGCGCAGGUCUUCUAUCCUACGCUCUGUUCGAUUUCGACAUCUCCGUCAUGGUUCCUCCAACUGUGGCGAAGUCGGACUUCAGGCUUCCUUACCGGAUGUCGUGGGAUGGAUCGUAUAACCAGCCGUUCGACACCGCUCAGGGAGAAUUCGACUAUGAUCCUUUUGCUUUCGACGUCGGAACGAUGGGAAGAGAGUUCUGCCGUCAUUACCAGCAUGCCGCAAAGAACCUUUCCCUGCUGGCACCCCUGCUCGACGGCAUGACCACCCGCAACAUUCCCCGACGCUUUACAGCUUCAGGGGCUCUUGAAUUCCUGGAGGCACGGCUCUCCGAGGUGCCAGAUAAACACCUGCAGCAGCCUUUUCUCGCAGCCAGCCAGACUGGCAUGUAUGAUCGAUAUGACCGUUGGCAGCAUGUACCCCCCGACUUUGCGCAAAAAUGGGCCAUGUACAGGGAGCCACGGCUUCCUGUCAUGACAAGAUUUCUUCGCUGGUUGUGCUCCUUCGAGGCUAUGGCGCAUGUCAUCCCUUUCAUUCGUCGGACGCUAUCCUCCAUAUGGGCUACCCCCUAUCAAUUUAUUGCUUCGGUUGGUCGCCGCCGUCGAGUGAUGCUGUGA